CGGGGACGUAGUCAAUGCCUCGUUUGCGUCAAGCGAGCGCGUUCGACUUUGUCGCGUCGUUCUUCAGUCCGCAACGCGCCGCUCUACCGAACGGACGUACGCGCGCUUUCCAAGCCUAGACAAACAAUUGUUUAUUUGUUAUUUAUUAGUCACACUACUUGUACACUGCAUUCCUUAGUAAAUUUUGUUUAUUCUUCUACUAAAAGUGAUUUUAAUUAGUUUUAUCGGACUGAGCAAGCAAGCUUCAUGAACUGUGAUCGUGUUUUGGACCGUUUUGAACAAUAAUACAACAGAAAGAUAAAACCUGUGAGACGGGUCGAAAUGAGUGGAUUGACCAUUAGAGUUAAACGAGGAUCGAGGGGUAGUGCUACUCUUCUUGAAGCAGCUAACAGAAUUCUACGGCUACUCGGCGUUAGCUCAUCAAAGCGCGGGAAACAGCCCUCUCCCAAAUCUAAGACGAACGGCCGAGUGACUAACGAAGUGCGGGCUCCGAUUGCCGCCGCAGAGUCCGUCAUCGAGUCGCCGGUCAGGAUGCAAGCGUCUCCGGCAGCACCUGCGCCUGCGCCCACCCCAGCGGCGUCGCCGGCACCUAGUCAGUCGUUUAAACCCACCAAAAGAACGGCUAAAGACUACAUAUUUGGCAAACUCAUUGGCGACGGAAUGUUCAGCACAGUGUUCCUCGCAAAAGACAUUCACAGUGGAAAGGAAUAUGCAAUUAAAGUCUGCGAAAAACGGCAUAUCGUCCGAAAAAAGAAAAUGGAAUAUAUCAAACGAGAGAAAGACGCCUUAAAUAUGCUUUUCAAAGUUCCACACGGUUUUGUCAAGCUGUAUUGUACGUUCCAAGAUGCGGAAAGAUUAUACUUUGUAUUGUCGUACGCAAAGAACGGCGAGUUAUUGUCUUAUAUUAAUAAAGUUGGCUCUUUCGAGCUAAAUGUAGCAAAAUUUUAUGCAGCUGAACUUUUAUCAGCAUUAGAAAAGAUGCACGCCAAGGGUAUCAUCCACCGAGAUUUAAAACCGGAAAAUAUUUUACUUGAUGAAAAUAUGCAUUUGCAAAUUGCCGAUUUCGGAACCGCCAAAAUUAUGGACCCUGAUGAAAUCAAAACGGCCCCCAUUGCAGAUGAUGACGCAUCAAGAGGUAGAAAAAUUAGUUUUGUAGGAACACCUCAGUAUGUAAGCCCGGAGUUGCUUCAAAACUGCGUAGACACCCGCAACUCCGAUUUGUGGGCGUUGGGUUGCAUCAUCUACCAGAUGAUAUCGGGCCUGCCUCCAUUCCGAGCAGCUACGGAAUUUUUGACCUUCCAGAAAAUAUUGAAGUUGGACUAUGAGUUCCCUGAAGGUUUUCCUGCUGAUGCAAAGGAUUUGGUUGAAAAACUAUUAGUUUUGGAUCAUACAAAGAGAAUCGGCGCCAAUGAUAAAGGCGAUAUUUAUGAAAGCAUUCGAAAUCACCCAUUUUUCUCUGGUAUUGAUUGGGAAAAUAUUUGGGAACAAACUCCUCCCACCAUCAGCCCCUAUUUACCUGGUGGAUCGUUCGAAGAAGAAUACAAUGUACCUGACCACUUGGAGCCAGGAUUGGGCAACAACCAGCUCGUGCGGCUAUGGGAAUUCGACCUGUCCACCUCUAAAGGCAUAUUGGACAUCAGCCCUGAAGAAAAACGACGUCGUUUGGAAAUCCAAGCUAGAGACAACAAGUGGCACCAGUUCGUCGACGGAGAGUUAAUAUUGAAACACGGCUACGUGGACAAACGGAAGGGACUGUUUCCAAGACGCCGCAUGCUCCUGCUCACCACCGGCCCCCGGCUCUUCUACGUGGACCCCACCAACAUGGUGCUCAAGGGUGAAAUACCCUGGUCACCUGAAUUACGCGUGGAAGCCAAGAACUUCAGAAUAUUCUUAGUGCAUACGCCCAACCGUACUUACUACCUCGAAGACCCUGAGUCAUACGCAUUGGAGUGGACCCGCGUCAUCGACGAGGUCCGCAUCGGCACCUACGGGCGGGACACGACUUAAGCGGCGGCGCGGCGCCGCCUCGAGUUGUGCCCGCGCCGCCGCCGCGGCUCCCGGGACCCGCGCCCGCACCCCGCCCCCCGCACGGCGUAUGCACACUUUUAGGGUACUGUAAGCCUUCAUAUCGAGCACGAAAACCAUCCAGCCAGAAAGCUUUAGCGAUGAGUGACCUCGUGCCCAGAAGAAUCGGCGUCCUUGAGACCUGCAUCGUCCGGCGCGGGCCGGCCGCAGCGCUCGGCGCCAGCGACCCGCGCGGGCCCGCGCCCGGCGCUCCUCUGGAGGAUGUUUACGAGACGACAUCAGCUAUACCGACCGCUGUUGAUACUGAAUGACUGAUUCCUAUUAUUAGUAUAUCCCGACUAUCUUAUCUUAAAUUAUUCUAAUUUAAGUUUCUUAUUUAAUUGUGGAUAUCGGUGAUGAUGUGUAAAUAUUUGUCUUAAAUUAUUAUUAUUGCAAUCGCUUAGGUUAUAGUGUAAUGUGUAAUCGCGGGCCGUUGUAGCCAUACGCGGACCCAUGUAAGAAUGGAUUUGUUAUUCACCACCUGCGUGUUCACAAAGCCCAUUCCGGUUGGUAACUAGGCAAUUUAUAGCUAAAUUAAAUAUUAUUUAUUUUAAUUUUAAUUAUUUGCCAACGGAAUGUGACUGUUGUACAGAAUUAUAACAGUAGGAAAUUACGAUCGGUCUGUUUCCAUGUUUUACGUUACGUUUGUCAUUAUUAGCUAACGAUAAAAAAAUAUUAUUCAAUUUUGAAUUAUUGUUAAUUAUCAGGUGUGGAAUGGUUAGCCGAUAUGGUUGUACUCGUGGGGAUGGAAACGAUCUGAUGCGAGAAGGUUAGCUUCUUCUGGCGCUCUCCGGCCGCGGCCGUCGAGGGCGCCGCUUUACCGUGCAUCUGCGCGUGCACUAUAAUCCUAACUUAGCAAAAGGUAUACGGAUAUCGCCACCAAAGGUGACAAUUAAUAAUGCUAUUGGAAUGCUUAAAUUGAUUAUCUAAAUUGCGUCAUUGUUAAUUUAGAUUGGGGUUGUUGCUUACGUAUUAGUACACCUACCUAAUUGAAUUUUCUGUUUUAAAUUUUGUAUUGUUACAAUUAUAAUACUUUUACGCCAUCGUAAACAUUCAAUGUCAUGGCAUUAUGUCUAAGAAAAGUUUCGAUGGUAUUUUAUCAAAAUUAUUCAUGAUUUAUUAAUGUAGCCUGUUUAUAAUGAUUAGCGUAUGAAAUGCCUAAAACUUGCCUGGAAUAUUUAAAUUAGGGCUUAUUAUUGUAUAAUUGGAUUAAAUCCAUAGUUCAAUAUAAAAACCCUCAUUUAGUGAAUAUAGUAUUAGAAUUUCAGCCAUUAGAAUAGAAACUUCUCUAUUCUUUUCAGUAUGUAGUGAAAUGUAUUUUCGAUGAUGGCAUACUUACUCAACAAUAGUUGUCAGCAGCAUUUGGACUACUCCAUGACAUUGUUAAUAUACUAAUAAUAAUAAUACUGCAUUUAAAAUUUAAUAACUGUUAUCUAUUGUAAUUAUAUUUUACAACAUUUGUAUUGCGUAAAUUCCGUAAAGUAACAAAAUAAGAAAUUGAGAAUAAAUUGAAGUUGAUUUUUUGAUAA